GUACCUCGCCAACACUUUUUGUACCGCUUCACAGGCGCCCACCACUCCAGCAGCUUCAAGAAUAUCUCAAGCAGCCAGCGGGUCCGCAAAACUACCCACAACCGGCAACAUGAGGUUACUCAAGUCACAAAUCGACCAGAAGACUGGGUCUGGCUUUGUGACGCUGUUGCCAGAGGAGCCAGAGGAUAUGUGGCACGCAUACAACCUCAUCCAAGAACAUGAUCGCAUUCGCGCAAAGGCCGUACGCCGCGUAUCCAAGACGUCAGACGCAGGCUCCGUAUCCUCGCAGCGCAUAGCCCUCGACCUCACAAUCCAAGUCACCAGCACAGACUUCGAUAUCGGUUCCGGGCAGCUACAUGUCUCGGGGAAGGUCGCCUCAGAGAACGAGCACGUCAAGCUAGGGCAGCACCACACGCUCGACCUCGAGCUCAACCGCAAAUUCACACUGGAAAAAGCCGACGGAUGGGACAGUGUCGCCUUGGAGAUGCUGAAAGAAGCCUCCGAAACCGAGCGCCACGCAGAGCUCUGGGCUGUCGUUCUCGGCGAAGGCACAGCAAACAUAUGCAUGAUCACCGAGCACCAGACCAUCCUACGCCAACGCAUCGAAGUCGGCGUCCCGCGAAAGCGCAAAGGCGGCAUCGACGGCCACACGAAAGGCAUGGAGAAGUUCUUCUCCACCACGCUCUCUACGCUGCUACGACAGAUCGACCUCCCCGCCGCGACCGCAACACAAGGCAAGACACUACCGCUGCUCCUCGCGAGCCCGGGCUUCGUAGCCAACGCAUUCCUAGCAUACAUCAAGACAGAAGCAACACGUACAACCAACAAGCCCCUCAUGGCGCUUAUUCCCAGCAUUGUCGUCGCACAUAGCUCCUCCGCACACAUCCACUCUCUCAACGAAAUCCUCUCCUCCCCCGCGAUCACCACAAAACUCUCCGACACAAAAUACGCUCGCGAAACAGCCCUCAUGGACAAAUUCCUCACACUCAUGCGCCUCGACGACGGACGCGCAUGGUACGGCCCCCGCGAAGUUGAGCGUGCGGUUGAUAAGGGAGCGGUGGGGAGAGGUGGAGGUGUGUUGAUGAUCAAUAAUAGUUUGUUUCGGGCGCAGAAUGUUAAGCAGAGGAGGAAAUGGGUGGUGCUGGUGGAUCGGGUGAGGGAUGUUGAAGGUGGUGAGGUGAGGGUGUUGAGUUCGUUGCAUGAGAGCGGGAAGAGGUUGGAGGGAUUGGGUGGGGUCGCGGCGAUACUGACGUAUCCGCUUGAAGACUUGGACGAAGAAGGGGAGGGUGAUGAGUUUGGGGGCGGAGACGAGGAACAGGGGGAGAUGGUUAUUUAGUGUGAUGUGAAGGUUGUGAAGAUACCCCGGAUUGGCAUCAUUGUUGAUGUAUGAGUGCUCAGUUCGAUUGACAUGCUCGUGCACUGUGUACACUGUAUAGGCAACCUCAACUGGCCAUCUCACUAGUUUCUCU